GUGUUUUUACAGGUCAACUUCUUCCCUGUUCCUUCAAAACGAUGGCAUACGAUACGCUCCAUGAUAUUAGCAAAGAAAAGGAUUCUUGGAAAGUCAAGGUCAGAAUAAUUAGGCUAUGGGAUGCCAUUAACCUCAACAACAAUGAACUUAUUAGCCUUGACAUGAUACUACUUGAUGAAGAGGGCACUAUGAUACAUGGCAAGGUAAUGAAACAUAUGGUUAACAAGUUCAAACCAUUGAUCCAAGAAGGUUCAGUCUACAUGACAAAUUUUAAGGUUACAUCUGCAAUGAAUUUCCGUCCAGUUGAAAGUGAAAAGAUUUUAAAUUUCUUGCACACAACAAAAAUUCAAGAGAUAAAAGGUCUAAAAAAUAUCAGAAUAGAAGAACAAAGCUUCACAUUUUGUAGUAUUGAAGUUCUUUCCGCAAGAGACAACCAGAAGAUUUACUUAUCUGAUGUCAUCGGCAUAGCAAGUUACAUAGGGCAUAUUGAAGAAACACACACAACCCAUGGGAUUUCAAAGAUUCGAGAUAUUGUGCUUCGAAUUGAGGAUCAAAAAAUUAACAAUAGACUAUGGGGUAAUAAGGUUGCACAAAUUGAUGAAGAUUCUUUGGGCCAUGUUGUCAUAGUAACAUCAACUACUGUCAGAAAACUGAAAGAGUACUCGCUGUCAUCUACAGGUGCAACUAGAGUUUAUAUCGAUUUGGAUAUCCCUGAAACAAAUGAGCUUCAAAGGAGGUAUUGCUUGCAAGAUGAUAUGGUAGAGGAAAUAGAGCCGGAAGCCCACUUGCAAGGCACAAUUCAAGAACAGAUGCUCUAUAACAGAAGAACCCUAAAAGAAAUAACUAAAAUUACAUAUGAAUCCGAAAAACAGGAAAAGUUCUAUACUACAGAAGCAAUGAUUAAGUCAAUUGAUACAUCAGAUGAGUGGUACUACAUAGGAUGCCGCAAAUGCAACAAAAAAGUACAAAAACAAGGGAACCACUUCUACUGUCCAAAAUGUGAGAAAGAACCUGAGAAGACAUGUCCAAGGUACAAACUUAAGCUGGAGAUAUGUGAUCUCAGUGCAACAACAACUUGCACCAUGUUUGAAGCAGAAGCAAAAAAAUUGAUUAAGCAAUCUGCAAGCUUUUUGAUAGAUAGGGAUGAUUUUGAUAUCCAUGAGCAGACAAAACAAAUCCAGAAAAUAUGUGGGCAGAAAUUGAUUUUUCAAUUCAAAUUGAAUGACUAUAAUUUGAAGUAUGGUUAUCAAGAAUACACUAUUCAUAGAAUCUUUUUCAUAGACUCUGAAAAAGAUUCAGCACCACAUGAUUCAAAUGUUGAGCAGAUGGAGGAUGAUAAACCCAUUCUAACAUGCACUAAAAGAACUAGGAGGACUAGGAACACACAUCAUGUUGUACAUUCAAAUGAUGAAGAAUCAGAAAAUCAGGAUAGUCAAGAGAAAGAUGAAUCCAUAUCUGUUGGUGAUAAGAAAUCUAAGAAAAAGGGAAUUCAAAAGGAUAUACAUGGGCAAGCAGACAAGUUAUCAGUUAUGAAAACGAUAAAGCAAGAACGAGAGGAUGAUGAACCCAAUAUUAACCAGACUAAAAGGGGUAGGAGAAGCAACACAUGUCGUAUUGUACACCUUGAUGAGGAACCAAAAACUAAAGAUAUUCAGGAAAUAAUCAAAUCAAAAUCUAUGGAAGCAGGCCCCAAGAAAAAGCGUGUCGCAACUCGCAAAUGUGCUGGUAUUGAUAGCAAGCAAGUAAAGAAUCACCAUGAAGAAGAAUCGGAGCAGGAAGGUACUCGGCAGCACAAUGAUUCAAGGCCUAGGACAAGGCGUAGUUGUGUCGACAAAGAAUUGAUGAAUAAAGACAUUCAUAAGUGUGGUGUUUCAAGAACUCGAAAGAUAAAUCGUUGAUUAGUGGAAGUCCAAUAAUUUAG